AUGGGGAGGCGAUCAUACAAGAAAGAAUUAGGAUGCAUAGCCUGCAAAGAAUUGGGCGAACUCGGAGCCGGAAAACCCGGUUGGGUGGUCGACAACCCCAACCUUCUCUCCGCCAUCGACACACACUUCAUCCUCCUCGCCAACCGCUCCACCAUCCUCCUCCUCUCAUGGUCUGAUUCCAACCACUCUCCGCUCAGGAUCCGACCCGAAUUGUCCCCCAUCGAUGUCGAAUUCAUCUUCGUCGUUGAAUGGUUGGUCUUUGAUGACAUCCACGUCAUCGUCGCUGGUACUUCAUCUGGUUAUUUGCUCAUUUACUCCCUCCGCGCCGAAUUGAUUCAUAGGCAGAUGAUUUAUCCUGGACGAGUUUUAAAGUUAAGAGUUCGUGGAACAAAGAAAGACCUGAUUCAAGAUAGUUCCUCAGAAGAGUUUUGUCUCAUUAUGCCCGGUGUCAUUGCCCGUUUUGAUGGCUCUGUUAUUCAGGGAUCUGAGACUUAUAGUCUGCAUGUUGGAUUGGGGUACUUGAUUGUGAGUCUAAUAAUAGUCUUUGUUUGCAAUGUUGGAAUGCAGAAUAUGCUUCAGAAGUGGUUUGAAGAAGCCAAACCCCAAUUUCGGAAUCAAAAGCAAAAGAACCAAGAUUCAGAGGAUUUUGAAAUUUCUCAAGUAAAAUUACCUUUCCCGUUGUGGAAUAUUGGUAAGUAUGGUACUUGCGUCGAUGCAACUAUUACUGGCAUAAUGCCUCCACCGCUGAUGGAACAUCAGGUAAGAUAA